ACAGUGUUGGAAUGUUUUUUCUAAAUAUAAAUGUAGAAUAAGAUCGCUAAUAAUUUAGUAAGAAGGUAUUGUAAAAGGAAAAAAGCCUAAACUCGUUAUCUUAAGCAGACAAUUAUUUCUUUAUUUUAAAAAUGGUGAAACGGUACAAAUUAUUUCCAAUUUGUAUUUUAUGUUAUGCGCCUCCAUUAUUUGGAUUUAUUCAUGUUGACACGCAUGCGUUCAUUUUUGGGGGAACUGUAAUUUGAAUGUCUCUAGAGGAUUCCCCAAAAAAAUUCGCUUACGAAUCCAGUUUAUUCUAUCAAUUUGAGCCCGCGUAACGGUUAAGUGGUUUCUGCCUUUUAUUAAUCCAAGAACCUAGAACCUUCAAGAUGUUUGCUUUAUAUAAGAAUUCCGAUGGAAUUUAUCAAGUAUGUGAUAGAUGUUCUUUUAGUAGAAGCGAAGCUGAUUCACCAAUUGAAAAGAAAAUGGUCUUAUUAGCUUAUAAUGAUGACAAGAUAAUGUUGGAUCAGUUAUGUUACAAUCUGAAUUGUAAAUCACCUCGAAUCGAUUUACGUAAUGAGGACCGUAGUAAAUCAGAUUCAAAACGCAACAAUGGCCCAUGUAUUGUUGAUGAUCAAUUCAUAAAACCUAAAAAAAUCGUAUUUCGAUUGUCAACACCUGAAAAGGAUAUAAAUACGAGUUAUCAAGAAAAAGUAGAUGAGUCUGGAUCACUUUAUAAUCCAUCUGAUACUGACAUUACUACAGAAAGUGAAGUGCAAAAUAGUAAAAAUGAAAGUAUCAUCAAUGAAUCUGCGAAUAUGGACCUUUCCUCUCCUGUUGUGGAUCAGAAUUAUACUGAUGAGGCAGUUAAUACAAAAUUGUCAUUCAAUGUUCCUGGAAAUUCUGCUGUUGAUGACAACGAUUUGAUAGUCGAUUCAUCUGAAGGAAGAAAGAAAAAUUUUUGUUUUUUCUGUAAAACCUAUCAAUCCCAAUUAGCACGACAUCUAAUUCACAAACAUUGUGCAGAAAAGGAAGUUACAGAAUUGAAAAACCUUCCCCCAAAAUCUAUAGAAAGAAAAAGAUUAAUUGCGCAAAUAAGAAAAAAUGGAAAUUUUUUGCUUUUAGAUAAAAACUUCAGUGAUGGUAAAUUAAUACCUCUUCGGCGACCAACAAAUGAAAAAAAAUAUUCUGCUAAAGAUUAUAUUGUUUGCCCUGACUGUAAAGGUCUAUACACCAAGAAUAAUAUUCGCCAUCAUUAUUCCAAUUGUACCGGUCAAGCUAAAAGUAGCAGGGGUAUUUUAAAAAUUGCACGGGCUGUAAUUGGUCGAAUUCAUGAACGUGCGUCAAUCCGAAUGAGACAAAAAGUAAUACCGCGGAUGCAUGAGGAUGAUAUUGUUAGAAUUAUUAGAUAUGAUUUAUUACUUAUAUUAUAUGGUAAUGAUUUAUGUCUCAGACACCGUCGAGAAUAUCGUGAUAAAAUGAUAAGACAAAAUUUGCGUCAAUGCGGUAAAUUCUUGCUGUUUCUAAAGGCAAAAAAUUCUAAAAUUACAGAUUUUUCUUCAAUUUACGACACAAAUCAUUACCAUUUUAUCCUAGACAGUAUUGAUGCAUUUAUUGGACUGGAUGAGGAUACUGGGCAUUAUAAAUCUGCAAGUAGUGCAACAUCACUAGCACGACAUAUAAAGGAGAUCGGAAAAAUUUACAUAAAUGAAUGCAUUAUAAUAAAAGAUCGCGAAAAAGAAAAAGAAAUAAAAAAAUUCUUGCAUUUGUGUGGAACAGGUUUCGCUACAGUUACAAAUAAGACUGCAAUGGAAACAUUAGUUGCUCAACAACGAAAAAAAGUUGUUACUUUACCAUUAUCGAACGAUAUUGCACUUUUAAAUAGUUAUUUAGAUAAGGUAAUCGACGAAUAUUACAGUACAUUGAAAUUGGAGUUUUCUGUUGUUGUAUGGCAAAAACUGGCCGAAGCUCUUCUCACAAGAGUCCAAGUAUUCAACCGACGACGGCCUGGAGAUAUCGAACGAUUGGAAGUAGCCGAUAUGAAGAAUGUGCACUCUAUUAAUGAACACGAUGAAGAUUAUAAAAGUUUGUCAAAAGAUGAGAGAGAAGCUGCAAAAGAGUAUGUGAGAGUAUCAAUGAGAGGGAAACUGAAUCAAAACGUUCCAAUCCUGCUUACAAAAAGAUGGCACGAAAUAAUGUUACUACUAAUAAAAUUGAGACGUGAAGCUGGCGUGAAACCAAAAAAUAUUUACGUUUUUGGAAUUCCGGGGAUUGAUGAUCAAGCUGUUCUGAUUGCAACAGCACUACUUCGAAAGUUUUCAGAAAAAUGCGACGCUAAAAAUCCGAAAGCUCUACGAGCCACUCCGCUUCGAAAACACGCUGCAACUAAAUGUGCACAACUUGGCCUAGAUGAAGCCAAUACUGUAAAUUUUGCAAAAUUUAUGGGCCAUGAUUUGAAAAUUCAUAAAAAUAUUUACAGGCAAUCAGUUGCAAAAACUGAUAUCCUUGGGAUAUCAAAGGUAUUAGAAACGGCAUCGAAAUCGAAGCAAAACGACAGUUUAAGUGACGUAAACCAAUUUUCAUCAUCGCAAUCAGAUCUAGAUGUAGGAAUACUCAAUAUUCCGUUUACGCAUUGGGGCACAAUUUUCGUUGUGAUAGGUACGUAG